AUGGGUGCUCUCAGGAAAGUCAAGAACAAGCGCCGCACCAGAGACUACGAUCUAGUCGUCGCGGAUAUCAAAACCCAAGGUCACCUGCAGAAGUUCAAGGAUACGAAAGAGGCAGAGGAUCUGCCUGGCCUAGGCAAAUUCUACUGCACCGAGUGCUCAAAAUGGUUUGAGAGUGACUACAACCUCAAGGCACAUGCCAAGGGCAAGAACCACAAGCGGAGACUUCGCAUCCUACGCGAUGAGCCUCACAGCCAACUGCUUGCUGAGCGUGCGAUCGGACUGGGUUUAAUUGACAACGGCAAGCGCGAAGAGAACCCCGACGUGAUGAAGGAGUGA